AUGUCCAAUAACCCCUCAAAUACCGCUGACGAAUCGGCCAGCGUUGCGGCUUCGUCUUCUUCGCCCAACUAUAAUGCACACUCUACUACAAACAAAUAUGCGCGCCCGAAUGUGAAAAAUCCUGAUGCACCGCGCCCCUACAAGUGUCCACUUUGUUCGAAAGCAUUUUAUCGGUUGGAACAUCAGACUCGACAUAUUCGGACCCAUACUGGUGAGAAGCCCCAUGCCUGUACUUUUCCUGGUUGUUUUAAACGCUUUUCUCGAAGUGACGAACUAACACGCCAUGCUCGCAUUCACACCAAUGGCAACUCUCGCAGAAAUAAUGCUAUGGCCAAUUCCAUAAAUGUAAAACCAUUUGAGCCAACCCCGGUGAAUCAGUCUGAUCCUUCCUCCAUUGCCUCCUUUAAUCAUUCCAAUAACAAUUCAACUAGUGUACCCAUGCCAAACACACAACCCUAUAAUCCUGCUAUUCCUCAAAUUGGUGUAACUUAUGCCCCCGUCUCCAAUCCGGUAUCCAGUCUCCCCGUCGCCUUCCCUUACCCUUUCCCGGUUGCCUCUUCAGCAUCUACUCAGCCCCAGCACGCUUUCGUUCCUACAUAUAACACUACACACCAGCCUGUAGGCGUUCCUGUUUAUAAUCGUCCUGCGGCCUCUGCUUUUGAUUCCCUCCGAGCCAAUUGUGCAGAUGUUCAUUCCUCUUCUGUCCCUCAAAAAUCAGAAUCUGACACGAACUUGUCCUCCAUGAAUGAAAUGUAUAUAUUGGCUUCAGCUGCCGCUAACCAACUUGAUUCAGCUGCUGGCGCACCUAAUGCCAUUUAUAAUUCGUCUCCCAAACAAGCAAUACCCGAUCCUUCCUCCUCAUCUUUGCCGUCAUUAUCCAAUCUUACCUCCCCUAGCAAGUUUUCAAAUCCUCUGGGAAACCUGCCUCCGUCUUCUUCAGACUCAUCUCCAAGUCACGGUGCUCCGGCUUCAAACCGUGCUUUCGUGAACGGUCCACCGUUAAAACAACCUAAUAGCUCCUUCUAUUCCGGAGCAUCCUCGCAUACACCGUAUCUGCCACCAAGAUCGAGUAGUAGCACAUCACUACAUUCGAUGUAUAGUCUUGUGCCUAGCUCGCAUGCUCCUCCUUCCUUGCGAUACGCUCAUUAUAAUUAUCUUCCUUAUUCUCGUCCCAGUGUUUCUGGAAAUGGUGAAGAAGAGCCCUUUAGUGGUUCUGAUUUCAAUCAUUAUCGAUAUCAACGUCGUUCAAGGCCUGGCUCUCCAUGUAGCACUGCUCCAAGUAGUCCUACAUUCUCAAUCAGAAGCUUUAGUCCUACACCCGAUGUUACACCUUUAAUGACUCCCGCACAUUCUCCAAAGAUGAGAGCGGCCGAUUCUGAUACGUCUUUUGUGCAGUUACCUUCUAUCCGAUCUCUUUCUCUUCGUCCUUCCCAGCCUCCCGUAAUUCCUCCUCUGGAGUGUGAUCCAAACUCGCUGUCCUCCUCAACACCUUCUUCAGCAGCGGUAUCCAGGACCCCGUCGUCUGCUUCUUUAAGUGCAUUGUCGAAUGUUAGUACAGGAGCGAAACCAUCUAACGCUUCCAACGUUGGACCCGUUCGUAUUUCUUCUAACCGUCGAAUACGCAAGAUAUCAUCAUCCUCUCGUUUGAGCGUGAAUAAUUUGUUAUCUGCCUCUCCGCCUUCACCUGCUUCUGCUUCUUCCACUAAAUCAUCACAUACUAUGCCACCUGCAUUUUCUAUAGGGCCGUUAACACCUCUUACAAAACCGUAGAUGUUUUAAUAUACUUACUUGAUGUGAAAUUGAAAGAUUACAGGAAAUCGUUAUAUACAAUGCGGUG